AUGCUCCCAACUCUCCUCGUACCGCUGCUCUGGUUGGCAAUGGCGUACGCCGUCCCGACUGGCCCCACAACAUCCGGGUUUGCGCCCGGAACUCUCCAGCGCAGUACCCUCACGGUACCGGUCCACGCCAACCCGGACUACGUCUCGGGCGGGGCCGCUCUCACAGCCGUCUAUGAGAGGGGGAACAUGCCCGUCCCGGAUGCCCUUGCAAGACACACACUGACCCGGCGCUCUGCCUCUAUCGUGGCGUCUAGAAGCACGGGCAGCUACUGGCUGACCGACAUCUUCGUCGGAAACCCCGAAACCCCCCAAAGGAUACCAGUCAUCAUCGACACGGCCACUUCCGACUUGUAUGCCUCUCCCCCCGCCCCUCCCCUUACAAGCCAUCGGCAUCCUCUGGCAGAGCCUGUAACUCACAUGAACAAUAGCUGGCUGAUGACUACUGACACCCAGUUUGGCGACAAAGCGCCUAACGGUGUGCCGACGCUGUAUGACCCCUCAAAGUCGACAACGAGCCAGGAAAUACCCGGCGCUACUUGGUCAUCUUCAUACGGUCCGUCCAUUCUCAGCGGCCACGGUCCUAUUGAAGCGACUGACCACCUCACCAUAGCGGAUGGUGUCACCAAUUCGGGCAAGGUGUACUUGGACACUGUCCGCUUCGGCCUCCUGACAGACAACCACCGCUUCAACAUCGUCAACGCUACAGUCCAAUCUGUCGUAAAAGUUGACCAACGUUGGGCGGUUGAGCCCAAGGUCAGUGGCGUACUGGGACUUGCGAAAAAGCGCCCAUCGAGCGUCCAGCCGAGAACGCCAUCCAUGCUCGACCGUCUCAAGCCGGAGCUGCAUUUCGAAUGGAUUGGUAUCGACCUGCGGCACAACUCGGACAAAGGAUUCUUCUCCUUCGGGUACUCCAUGGGAACCGCCGACAUCAACGAAAAGCCCAUGGAUGACGACGACGAUUGGAGUUUCCUGGUCACCAAGACUCGCUUGAGUACCAUGAGUGGCGGGGUGUGGUAUAAAUUUGCGCAGCCUUUCGUUGCAACCGUCGACACAGGCAGCAGCUUCUUGUUGCUUCCAUCAUCGCUGGUAGUCAAGUACUACUCUGAGAUUCCCGACUCGGCCUUUGACCCAGACCUGCAACACUACAUCUUUCCAUGCUCCUUGGCAUCUGGGAUCCCCGACUUCCAGUUCAUAACUGCAGGCGGAUACCUUGGGACCGUUCCGAGGGAUCACAUCAACCUCGGACCCGUGCCCGGCAAUACCGAAAAAUGCUACGGCGGCAUCCAAAAAAGUACCGACGGCCAACGUGCCAUAUUCGGUGGGGUGGCGCUCAAGAACAUGUAUGUUCAGCUGAAUUAUGGCACACAAGGCAGCUAUGUCGGCUUUGGCGACAAGGGAUCCCUCGAUGUGUGCUCAACGACAUCGGUCUGUGACACGUAA